UAGUUAACACUAAACAUCAAAAAGUCCAACUUGGGGAGCCUCAAGCUUCCCCACGUCACUUCUCUUUAAUUACCUCCUAUCUCCUCUGUACAUCUUCAUCUCCAUUUUCAUGGAGAUCAAAAUGAAGAGGUCUAAAUUCUACUACAAUUUCUCCCUUUUCUUGUUGGUAUUGAUGUUGAAACAAAACCCAUCAAACGCCCAACAAGCUUAUGUGAAUAACAAACAGCUCAACUGCUACGAAGACGUGAACAUCACAGAUGGAUUUGAGUGCAACGGCUUCCAAUCAAGUUGCCAAUCCUACCUCACCUUCCGAUCCAACUCACUUUACAAUUCUGCAGCCUCCAUAGGUUUACUCUUAGGCGCUGAGCCCUCACUCAUCUCAGAAAUCAACAACUACACCAAUUUCCAAACCAUCCCCACCAACACCCAGAUCAUAAUCCCAGUCAAUUGUUCAUGUUCAGGUAAGUAUUACCAACACAACAGCACCUACACGUUACAGGACGCCACAGAGACUUAUUUUAUCGUGUCCAACAACACAUACCAAGGCCUGACCACUUGUCAAGCCAUGAUGAAUCAGAACCCAUAUGGUGAUAGGAAUUUAUCGGUGGGGUUGGAUCUAAAGGUACCACUUAGGUGUGCUUGUCCCACAAGUGACCAAAGAGCAAGUGGGUUCAAUUACUUGCUCAGUUAUAUGAUCACAUGGGGUGAUGACUACUCUGCAAUUGCCAAAUUAUUUGAUGCGGAUGUUCAGAGCAUAUUGGAUGCAAAUGAGCUAAAAGCGGAUAGCAUUAUAUUUCCAUUCACACCUCUUCUUGUUCCAUUGAAAAACAAGCCAAGUAAAAUUCAGGUCUCACAGCCCACACCUGCUCCAGACUCGCCUCCACAAUUACCAACUACUCCCAUUGAACACAAAUCUUCUACAAAGAAAUGGGUAUUUGUUGGUGUUGGAAUUGGAGCUGGUGUGUUGCUUCUUCUCUCAGCUUUUCUGAUUUGGUUCUUUUGUGGGUCUCGAAAGGCUAAGCCACAGCCAAUUCCAGUCCCACCUAUUAAGAGGCCCCCCCCACAAUCACACUCCUACUCUGACCAGAAAUCUUGGUCUGUUUCAACUGAAGGUGUUCGUUAUGCCAUUGAAUCCUUAACGGUGUACAAAUUCGAUGACAUUGAAAAAGCCACGGGUUUCUUCGGAGAAGCUAAUAAAAUCAAAGGCUCUGUCUACCGAGGUUCUUUUAAGGGUGAUGAUGCGGCUGUUAAGGUCAUGAGAGGUGAUGUGUCGAAUGAGAUCAACUUGUUGAAGCGAAUCAAUCACAGCAACAUUAUAAGGCUCUCUGGUUUCUGUGUGCAUGAGGGAAACACUUACCUUGUUUAUGAGUAUGCUGAGAAUGGUUCUGUUACUGAUUGGCUUCACUCGAACAAGUAUGAAACUAGUUCUACUUUGACGUGGAAACAGAGGGUUCAGAUUGCUUAUGAUGUGGCCGAUGCGCUUAACUACCUUCACAACUAUACAAACCCACCUUAUGUCCACAAGAACUUGAAGACAAGUAACAUUCUACUGGAUGGAAACUUGAGAGGCAAGGUAUCGAAUUUCGGGUUGGCGAGAACGCUGGAGAAUGAGGAUGAAGGAGGGUUCCAAUUGACAAGACAUGUGGUGGGUACUCAUGGUUACAUGGCACCUGAGUACAUUGAGAAUGGAGUGAUUACUCCAAAACUUGAUGUUUUUGCAUUUGGGGUUGUUAUGUUAGAGCUCUUAUCUGGAAAGGAAGCCACCGCUGGUGACAGGGAUGGUGGAGGAGAGGAAUUGCUAUCUGCAUCAAUAAGAGUGGUGCUUGAAGGAGACAAUGUCAGAGAGAAACUGCGUGGCUUUAUUGAUCCUUCUCUUAGGCAUAAGUAUCCUCUGGAUUUAGCAUUUUCCAUGGCUCAGCUGGCUAAAAACUGUGUUGCUCAUGAUAUCAACUCCCGCCCUGCCAUACCUGAAGUUUUCAUGACUCUGUCCAAGAUUUUCUCUUCCUCAUUGGACUGGGAUCCAUCCGACGAGCUUCAACGUUCCAGCUCACUUACUCAGACUUACGCCAGAUAAGAUGGUACAACAUAUAUAAGAUGUUUGCUACUAGAGAUUAUGAAAUGCAUUAUAGACUUGUAUAGUAGUAGUAUUAGCAACAAUAAUCAUUAUUGUGGUUGGACUCAAGCUCCACAAUAUGAUCCUAUCAUGUGUUUUUUUUUAUAAUCUAUCAUGUGUUUGUUCUCUCGCUGAGUGUAUCCAGCAUUUUGCAGUUCAAUCAAGUUCAAUAUCAGUAUCAUGCUUUACUCUUCAAAAA